UGUAGCUAGAAGCAAAAACCACUUUGACACAGUUUCUUCAUUUAAUUUGCUAAGCAAUAUCCAAAUACAGUAGUGGCAGAUGAAGUACACCUAAUGAGAUCUUCACUUUCACCCUCAAAACACAUCAGAAAAACAAACCUUCAACAUAAAGCUAUUCUUGGAUCAUCACUUUCUCUCUCUCUCUCUGAUCAACUUGUUUGAAAAAGACAAUCUUAUAUAACAUUCAUAAAGCAAAAGCUUCAACAUGGAAGGAAACUAUCUCAACAGAAACACAACAACUACUCAUAGAGAUCAUCAUCAUCAUCAUCACCAUCAUGGAUAUGAGGAGCAUUCAUGGGGAACAUCAUGGCCUGCAAGAAACUAUGCUUGUAGCUUUUGCAAAAGAGAGUUUAGAUCAGCUCAAGCUUUAGGUGGACACAUGAAUGUUCAUAGAAGAGAUAGGGCAAGGUUAAGAUCAUCAUUAAUAUCUUCUUGGGUUAAUUCUGAUCAAUGCCCUAACAACAACAACAACAACAAUAAUAUUACUAAUAAACCUAACCCUAAUGAUGAGAUUUUCACUUCUUCACAUUAUCUCUCUUUAUCUUCUUCCUCUUCCUCUUCACCUUCCUUGCCUCAUACUAGCCAUGAUGACAAGAAACCUAGACUCUCACCUUCUCUAUCUCUCCCUCUUUUGAAUCCUCAAAGAAGUGAAGUCAUGAAAAGCUAUCAAGAUGUGAAAAAACACAAUGUUUUGAUGAAUAAUGAGCAGAACAUUACAUUGGAGUUAGGUAUAGGGUUGUUUAAACACCAUGAAGAGAAGCUAGAUUUGGAGCUUCGACUUUAACUAGUUAUUAUAUAUAUCAAACCAGGUGCAAUUUCAUAUUUGUUCUAAUUUUCUUGCAUUCUAGGACUCUAUAUUAUUAAUUAUUAUUAUGCAA